CACGAGAGGUUGUAUGAACCACAAUCUGUGAAAACAAAGCUCUGUCGUUUAUUGUGGAGAAGACCCGCAGUGUGUAAGAGUCAUGCGUUGCUUGUUGCUCUCAACUGUGUGCCUGGCUCUCGUGGUCAGUGUUUUCUCCAAAGACCUGAAGGUGCUGUCCGAGCAUCAGCUGCGAGCUUAUAAUGAGACCAAAAUUCUCUUUGAUUUCUUCCUGGAGCAUGGUCUGAACGACCCGAGUUCGAUCCGAUUCCUUGAUGACAAAGACGUUACGUUGAUGAAUCGUCCUAGCCCCUCAAACAGGUUCUCGUUCAGCAACUGUGGCAACCCCAACAAGGAGAUACUUGUACCACGCAACGUAAAACUCGCGCCAGACCCCAUCCACAUCCCAGGUUCUGUGACAGCCUCUGGGGGUGUCCUCAUCAGACAACAGUUCGGAGCUCCCCUCAAGGUGAGAGACUUGUAGUAGGUGGUACAAGAA